GUACCUUGUGCAGGAAGUUAAAGGAAGGACAGAACAAAUCAGCACCAUGUCUUCAGUCUCAGCUUAUUACAAUGGAAAGAACGUUCUUAUCACAGGAGCUACAGGGUUCAUGGGCAAAGUACUGAUGGAAAAGCUUCUGCGCUCCAGCCCUGACGUGAAAGCGGUUUAUAUACUUGUCAGACCAAAGGCUGGACAAUCAAUGCAAGAGAGAGUGGCCAACAUGUUGAAAUGCAAGGUCUUUGACAGGGUGCGAGAAGAUUGCCCUAAUUUCCACGAGAAGAUUAAGCCUAUUAAUGCUGAACUCACUCAGCCCAAGCUGGCCAUCAGUGCUGAAGAUGAAGAGGAGCUUCUGACCCGGAUCAACAUUGUCUUCCACUGUGCAGCAACAGUUCGCUUUGAUGAACCCCUGAAACAUGCCCUGCAACUGAAUGCAUUGGGCACACAGCGACUUCUAGAGCUGGCCCAGCAGAUGCAGAACCUCGAGGCCUUCAUCCAUAUCUCUACCGCCUAUGCAAACUGUGUCCGGAAAUGCAUAGAUGAAAUCAUCUACCCACCCCCAGCUGAACCCAAGAAGCUCUUUGAUUUAAUAGAGUGGCUGGAUGAGUCUAUCAUUGAAGACAUUACACCCAAGCUGCUUGGUGACUGGCCUAACACUUAUACCUACACCAAAGCCUUGUCAGAAUACCUGAUUCAGCAAGAGAAAGGAAACCUGAACAUUGCUAUCAUCAGGCCAUCCAUUGUGGGAGCUAGCUGGCAUGAGCCUUUCCCAGGUUGGAUUGACAACUUCAAUGGCACAAGUGGAAUAUUUAUUGCGGCAGGCAAAGGGAUUCUCCGGACUGUCAUUGCCAACAACGAAGCAGUGGCAGAUAUGAUCCCAGUGGACGUCGCCAUCAACCUCACCCUUGCAGCUGGGUGGUACACUGCUGUGCACAGACCAAAAAACAUGUUGGUGUACAACUGCACAACAGGUGGAAUCAACCCUUUCUUCUGGGGAGAAAUGGAGCAGUAUGUUAUGUCCACAUUCAAAAGGAACCCGCUGGAGCAGGCCUUCCGAACACCCAAUGCUCACUUGACGUCCAACUACUUGAUAAACCAGUACUGGAUAACUGUCAGUCACAAGGCUCCAGCCAUACUCUAUGACCUGUACAUGAGGCUCACAGGGAGAAAGCCCAGAAUGAUGAAGAUUAUCAAUCGACUGCACAAGUCUAUGACACUCCUGCAGUAUUUUUCCACCCAGUCCUGGGAUUGGUCUUCAGAGAAUAUGAAUAUGUUAAUGAGUCACCUCAACACAGAGGACAAAAAGUUAUACAACUUUGAUGUUCGUCAGCUGCACUGGUCAGAAUACAUUGAAAGCUACUGCCUAGGCGCUAAGAAGUACUUGCUAAAUGAGGACAUGGCGGGCAUUCCAGCAGCAAAGCAGCACUUACGAAAGCUGAGGAACAUCCGAUAUGCAUUCAACACCACCCUUCUUGUGAUCAUCUGGCGCAUCUUCAUUGCAAGGUCACAGAUGGCUCGAAACAUCUGGUACUUUGUGGUGAGCCUCUGCUACAAGUUCCUUUCCUACUUCAGGGCAUCCAGCACCCUCAGGCACUGAAGCCAUCCAUCCGCAACCAGCCUCUUUCAGAAGGACCCUCCAUCUCCUCUAAUCAGCAACUAUGGGCAUCGGGGUCUGAAAGCAGCAGAAAAAUCAAUCCCUCCAACAGCAGCCUGCAUUUAUUGUGCAUUUAUUACUCACCUUCUUAAUUUUAACUAACGCUUUAAUACAUGGUGGUCUUUCUUCCAUAGGACCAGGCCAAUUUUUAAAGCCAUAACUGAAGCUUUAGGAACAGGUCAAGCUGGGACCAUUCAUCUAGAGUCUGAUGAGCAGAAGUAAGGAUUAACCAAAGUCAGUGUCUUCCCAUGUACUACUUAGGUUAUCUUAAUUCCAUUUCUUCCUCAGAAGAGGUAAUUUUAAAGCGUACAGACUUAGAAAGAAAAGGAUACCAUCAGGGAAGACCCAGCCAAGGAAAUUUAACCUGUAAGAGGUCUUCCUAAAGAGGCUAUUCCUUCAUUCUCAUUCAGUGAAAUGGUACCUUAUUGAAAAUCAUGAUUUUACCUUUUCAGUUUUUUUAAACUUAGAGGGAAAAAGAUCAGUUCACUAAGUCAGUGACCACACUGAACAGUUUUCAGAUCUUGUCUUAUACUGUUACUGAGGACUGAUUUCAAGCCAUAACUGAAGACGUACAUAAAAUCCAUGUACCUGUGUUAAUGCUACUCACCCACAAGCUGCUUUCUUAUGGAGAGGUAUUUUUUCUCUCUGCGGUUAAGGUUGCAGUCUGUAAAAAAUCUCUUGCUCUUGCAUUUACCACAUUUGCUUGGGACAGUUUUGGGGCUUGAAAAAUUGCUGUUAUUUACUCCAAGAAUGAAGACAAGCCUUCUUAAAAUAUUGAAGAAGAAUUCAGAAACUCUUUAUUGCUUUUGAGGAAUAGGUCUGUUUCCCCCUUGGAUUUAUCUGCAGAAAACCUUUCUCCCUGUGGCUUAAAAACCAGCCUGAUACUGUUCUUCCUGCUUUCAUUACAGCUAAAUCACUUUACAGUUGAUCACUUCCCCUGGCAAAAAAGGGUAAAGAAAGACAUGUAUGGAGUAAAUCCUGUCAGGCCAGUUCUGCUGCUGCCUCUGUCAGUAAGAAUUAAGAAGUCUGAAAUCUGAUUCCAUUGAGGUUAACAGUUGGACUCAAUGAUCUUAAAGGUCUUUUCCAAUCUAACCAAUUCCAUGAUUCUAUGACUUCUCUGUAAAAGCAGGCAUGCGCUGUGAAAGUAAUGCAUUUUGUCCUACGUUGCAGUUUAGAGAAGAAGCCAAGGACUUCCUAAUGCUUACAGCUGUUGGAGAUACUUGUUUCACCUAGUGAAGUAUGAAUUCCUGGGGGGAGGAGAGAGAGAGAGAGCCUUCUUCAAAGUAGCUGGUGCAACAAUAGCCUUAGUGCAACAGCAACAAAUUUAUCACGCUAUCAGCUUUUCAAAGUGAAAUCUAAUACUGGAAUAUUUUUUAUUCAGAUAACACUGAAUAAGCACUUUAAGGUUAUCAGACUUUUAAGCAGCUAGGUUUUGAAAUGAUGCAGCAUCCAGUUUCUCUAGUCUUGUGUCAUGCUAGCUGUUGGAAAAAAGUAAUACUACAUCACAAAAAAAUGACACAGUUGCUCUUUUGAGAGCUGAGAACAGCAGAGUAUUUACAAGGCUGGCAUUCUUCAAAAAAUUAUACUUGUUUUUGGCAGUGAAGGCAAGAACAAGUUAUGAUGACAGUAUAUUUAUAUCCUAGGCCUCCAAGCUAGUUCAGAAGUCUUUCUUGAGGUGCAAGGAAUUCAUCUUCCCCCGUAUGCCCCAGAUGUCUAGUUUCAAGCAAUUGCCAAAGGAUGCCUGCAGCAGAAUCUGACCAGAAACAUGCUGUCCAGAGUGGCAAGGCCCAGCAAAGGCCCCUCUGUAUGUCACACAUUACUUCUGAUCUAUGCUUAAUUAGGUCAAGCACCCAGUUUAGAAAGAUGCACAUUUUCUAAGCUUUUGCCUUGAAAAUAUAUGUUGAAAAAGAAACGGUGCUGGUUGUUGGCUAUGUUUUUUACAACUUCAGAAAGCUGGCAGUAUGUGCUGUGCAUUGCACAUUAGCAAGGUGUCACUGCCUGGGAAACUAGCAGCUAUGGGUUUGGGUGCUGGGGACCAGAUAUUUCACGUACAGUGCUUUCACAGCAGUGUACAUGGUGAAGGUUAUUUGUGUUAUACUUUGCUAAAUUGGCUGUGCAGGAAGUGUGGCUACCUUGGUGGGGUGAGGCAGGUUGCUGUAGGGUUUCCUCUAGAAAGACUGCAUUCCCUCAAGUACAUAAUCAGGUCAUCAGCCAGCUUCCAGUCUUCUCGUAUGAAAGCCUAAAAACCAAAACAAAACUGCAGAUUAUUCUGAAACAAGCAUCCAUUAAAAAAACUAGGAAAUAAUCUUAACUCAUAUCCUGAAAGUCUUUUUAAGUGCCUGCCAUAUGGACAAAGAGAAGCAACAACUAAAGGAAUUGUAAGUCUUACUGUAUGCACAUGACAGACAAAAGCUUGAGUCUCACGAAAAAAAAGUCAAAUACUGCAGACCUGCUAUACCUACAACAUCUGGUCUAGAUCAGUCUGUUCUACUAUGAGUAAAGUGUCCUGCCUUCCCUUUUCCAGUGUUAGUCAUGCCACACAUUCCUCACAUAUGCCUGUAGGCAUUCACAGUUAUUUGCACAGGUUGUAUUGUCUGAACAAGUCAGAGAUGUAUCUUUACUCACCUGAGUUUAUCUGGACCUGUUUUCUGCACAUGCAAAAAGAUGCUUCCAGUUUCAUUCAGAACAAUGGUGAUACCACGUUUUAAAGCUCUAAAGUUAACAGCCACAGCAAAGCUGCUAUUCAGCCCUGAAAGAACAGCAGGAGCUGCUUGGAAUGUUACAGACAUAUAGCUGUUGCAGAUGGUAUAUGCUCUUCUGGAGACCUUUCAUAGCCCACACAGUAUUCCCAGCAGCUGACUCCAGAGCUCUGGCCUUGCCUGAGGGGAAUCAAACUGUUAGCUUUUCUUAACACAGACAUAACAUGCAGUGAAAGCUGAAUCUUUAAUCCAUUUUCUUGUGGCUUGAGAUGUUUCCCAGUGAUCAAACCACAAAAAUAUUUCAGAAAAACCUCAGUGCAGAGACUGAUGCAUGGAAAUGGCCUUUGGGUGCCAGUUAUGACUGUCAUCAUGGAGAGCUAGACCUGGCAUAAGAACUUGCUCUCACCUCAAGCAGUAACUUAUCUUUGAUGUUUUAUGUGUGCUCCUCAGUGUAUUUGUAUGUGCUCUGAAGAAACCCAAGCCUUGGGGAAAAUAUCUCAAAGAAAACACCGAGUGACAGCCACUUCUUUUCUUCCUUAUUCUCUCUUACUCUUUCAUGUAUACUCACAAGCUUUGACAAAAGAAAGGAAUUACAACUGUAUUAAGUUAAAUCAGAGGUCCUGUGGUGCACAAAUUAACACAAGCAGGAAUGGAUAUUAUUCAUGGCUGAAGGCUAGAGCUUUUAAUACCUGUAAGGUUGAAGCAGGACUCAAGGUUGGGGUUCCUUCCCGUACAGAGGUAGCAUGUGUUACGGGGAGGAGAGGGAAGGAGGAGGAGCAUUCCUGCAGCCUCUGCUCAUAGACAGCAGAAGCACUGCUAGGCACAGAGCAUCCAGCUCAACGAGAUAAGGGAGACUCAAGGAUUCAGAGAAGUAUGCGCUGCCAAACUCACAAGACUCUGCCUCCCAAGGAAUAGGGGGAAGAGCUCCAUCAGCAUUUUGUUGUCAGUUUGGUUUCUUGUAAUAGAACCUAUGAACUAAAAGGCUCCUCCAUCCUUCCCCCAGCUAUCAGCAGGCAGCAUGGAGAACAAUAUUGGCAGUCAUUCUGCACAGCCACAAAAGAAAAUAUCUGCCACAAGACAGUAUAAUGGGAUUAUUUGUUUAUUCCCUAUGGACUUGCAGUGUAUCUACCCCCUUACGGUGUCAGGAGCCUGCAGUGUCGCUUCAGAAAUAACACGGACCACUGUUGAACCCAAUGUACUAAUGUUUUGCUAAUACUAUGCAUAUAUACUAGUCUGUAGGCUAUAGCUAUGAACUGCUGUGCGAAAGCAAUGAAACACUGAAUAUCAAUGAGCAGUUGGCAUCAGCUUGCAAUUAAGUACCUUUUUUUAAAUUAAAUUGCAGUAACAAAAAACCCCACCAAAUCCCUUAAAUUAAUGUGAAUUUAAACUGCCUUUUGACUGACAACCAAAGCUGUUUCUCUCCAGCAUGUCUGUUACCAAAAAAAACCCCAAAUUUCCCACCUAUCCACCCUCUAUCCAAAUAACUUUGUUAAGAAAAUACAAUUCUUUCUUGGUAGGAGGCGGGUAACAGACAUCCUGGUAUAUUACACGUUCUUGGUCCAUUACCCACCCCCUCAAGAAAUGUGUUAUUUUCCAUUUUCUAAGAAAACAUGAUUAUAUGUGCCUGUGUGUAUAGUUAAUCUUUCAGCACCAAAAUUCUCAUACAGCAUACAGAGAUGCUAAAAGUAGUGGGGCUCAUACUGAAAUGCCAGGCUGUGCUUGUUUGGUAUGCACUGGUCCAGUUCAGUUUAAGACAAAGUGACUAAAACCUACCCUAGUUUCCAGUGUAAAGGAAACCCAACCUGUAGUACUAUUAAUCAAAUCAUCAUCAUGAAUAAGCAACUGGGAAAAGAGGGAGGGGGGGCAUUCUUUUGUUUGUAAAUAAGUUACAGCUUCAUGGUCAAAAGCAUGCUGUUGCUCUUCCAGCACUGACGUUCUACCACAGAAAGCAAGGAUGAACUUUCAUAACAAUUGGACCCUUUAUUCUAGCGCAGAGUAAAUAACAUACUGUACAUUCCCCAGAAGCUAAAUGGUGAAUAUCCCAUUUCAUGGUGCUAAAUAUUGGUAUGAAGGUGGUACAGACUUAAUAAAUAAGAAGAUAAUUAAAAAAGCAUAUUUGGGGAAUAAUUAAAGAUGUACUAUCCCACUUUACUGCUUAAAAGUCUACUAUGAAUUGAGUGGUUUGUUCAGAUUAACAUGAAACUACUUAUAAAAAGUUUCUUGUCCUUAUAAAAUCUUGGCAGACCCCAGUUCAUAGUAAAAUACAUAUUCUCCCACUGUCCAAAGUUUAUAUGGUUCUAUCUGCUAUUUCUAUUCUCUUGUUAGCUAUGAGACAACUUACAAGUCUUAAUUACAGAGUUUCUAAUGUUAAGAUGUAAUCUUUUGAGCUCUCAAAUCAGAUAAAAAUGGUAAAGUCACAAAUUAUGAGAACCUCAGCCAUAAAAUUGUUAAUAUGAUGUUUAUGUUAUUUUAAACAUUUAAUAAAACAAGUAUUUUAAAACUA